CCGCCCGGUGAAAAGAAGCGCACCCGCGCGCUUAUAGACGAGCUGUGCACGAGCAGACCCCCCGUCGAUCGGUUGCCAAACAGCGCAUCAGGCCGCCAGGAGUCAUGGUGUACCACCCGGUGUUCGAACAGGCCGGCCAGGUGCCGGGCCUCCAGGUGUGGAGGGUUGAAAAGAUGGAUCUGGUGGAAGUGCCUGAGAAUCUUUGUGGAGGCUUCUACACAGGGGAUGCCUACAUCGUCCUCAACACCAUCAAGCAGCGCUCUGGGAACCUCCAGUACGACCUUCACUUCUGGCUGGGUGAUUUCUGCUCCUCGGAUGAGAGCGGGGCGGCAGCCAUUUUUGCGGUGCAGAUGGAUGACCAUUUGGGAGGCAAACCUGUCCAAUACCGUGAGGUCCAGGGCCACGAGUCACACACUUUCCUAGGUUAUUUCAAGUCUGGAAUCAAGUAUAUGGAAGGGGGUGUGGCGUCAGGGUUCAGACACACAGUGCCGAACGAAUCUGAAGUGCAGCGGUUGCUGCAGGUAAAGGGGCGUCGUGUGGUCAGGGCGACAGAGGUGCCAGUGAGCUGGGACAGCUUCAACCACGGAGACUGCUUCAUCCUUGACCUGGGCUCUGAAAUCUACCAGUGGUGUGGCUCUCAGAGCAACAGCUUUGAGAAGCUAAAAGCCACACAAGUUGCCAAGGGAAUCCGUGACAACGAGCGAAGUGGACGGGCCCAGUUGUAUAUCUGUGAUGAGGGAGGAGAGAAGGAGAAAAUUCUGGAGAUUCUUGGACCAAAACCAGAUUUGCCUGAUGGACAGGCUGAUGAUGUCAAAGCUGAUGCUUCGAACAGAAAGUUGGCAAAGUUAUACAAGGUAUCCAAUGCCACUGGAGACAUGACCAUUGCCAUGGUAGCUGCAGAAAACCCAUUUUCCCAGAGUGCACUGGAGUCAAGUGACUGCUUCAUUCUGGAUCAUGGCUCUGAUGGCAGGAUCUUUGUGUGGAAAGGUAAGGAGGCCAACAGAGAGGAGAGGCAAGCAGCGAUGAAGGCUGCAGAUGAGUUCAUCAAGAAGAUGGGCUACCCAAAACACACCCAGGUCCAAAUCCUGCCCGACAGUGGGGAAACCGCUCUGUUCAAGCAGUUCUUCAAGCAGUGGCGAGACGUUGACCAGACAGUUGACCUGGGCUCAGUCCGUGUGUCCAACAAGGUGGCCAAGAUAGAAAAGGUGCCUUUUGAUGCUUCCACACUGCACAACUGCGCUGCCAUGGCUGCUCAGCAUGGGAUGGUAGAUGACGGACAAGGAGAAAAGGAGAUCUGGCGUAUUGAGGGUACAGACAAGGUGCCUGUGGAACCCUCCACCUAUGGACAGUUCUACGGGGGAGACAGUUACAUCAUCCUUUACAACUACCAGCAUGGAGGGCGACAGGGUCAAAUCAUCUACAUCUGGCAGGGUUUGGAUUCUACUCAAGAUGAAGUUGGAAUGUCUGCUAUUUUGGCUGCACAGCUCGAUGAGGAAAUGGGAGGGAGUCCAGUACAGGUGCGGGUGGUCCAGGGGAAGGAACCAGCACACCUCAUAAGCCUCUUUGGGGGGCAGCCUAUGGUGGUACACAAGGGUGGCACUUCCAGAAGAGGGGGCCAGUCGGCCUCUGAAGAAAUUCGGCUCUUCCAGUCGCGCUCCACCUCCGCCGGGUGCACACGUGUUGUGGAGGUCGACGCUAUAGCCUCCGACCUCAAUUCCAACGAUGCCUUUGUCGUAGUGACCCCCUCAGCCUCCUUCCUUUGGCUGGGCCAGGGUUCCAGUGACACAGAGAAGCAGGGAGCCCAGCAGCUGUGUGACCUGCUGGGGGUGUCUCCUUCUGAGCUGCAGGAAGGAGGUGAAGCAGAUGAUUUCUGGGAUGCUCUGGGAGGAAAGGCCCAGUAUCGUACCUCCCCUAGGCUGAAGGACAAGAUGGACACUCAUCCGCCUCGCCUGUUUGCCUGCUCCAACAAGACAGGACGCUUCAUAAUUGAGGAGGUACCAGGUGAGAUGACCCAAGAAGAUCUGGCAACUGAUGAUGUAAUGAUCCUGGACACUUGGGAACAGGUGUUUGUCUGGAUUGGAAAUGAGGCCAGUGAGGAGGAGAAGAGUGAGGCAAUGGCCUCAGCGGCCCGUUACAUUGAAACAGACCCUGCCAACCGGGACUGCAGAACGCCCAUUGUGCAGGUCAAACAGGGAUUCGAGCCACCCACCUUUACUGGUUGGUUUCUUGAGUGGGACUACGAGUACUGGAGUACUGACCCACUGGAACGAGCUGUUGCUGAGCUGGACAUGUGAGGUGUUGCAUCUGAUCUUCAACCUUCCACUGAUCCUCUUAUCCAGAAUGAUGUAGACUGAUAAACAUCCGCCUUGCUUCAUACAACACAUCACAACUCAGAACAACCCAAAUGAUAGCGUUAAGAUGCUGUUUGUCGUUAAAUUGCACUAGACGUUUUAUUUUGAGUGGGGAUGAUCUUAUAGGUAGAGGUGUAUGUUGGUUAACAUCGCUUAAAUGGUUCCCCUUCUUAUGGUAACUCAAAGGGCUUUAUUCUCUGAAGGUCUGCUUAGUAAAUGGUGGAAAUUCUACAUAAAAAGAGACUAAUCUAUCAAAAUAUGGCUUUGACUGUUACUCAUCAUGGUAGUAUGCAACUGUGAAAUUUUUCAGAAAUGCAUAGUAAUAAAGUGGCUAUCUGCCUUAAAUAUUUUUCGAGAACUGUUACCAGGCAAUAUAUUAAAUAUAAUAAAGUGGCGGGAAAUGUUAGGAGCCAACCUGUUAAAAAGAAAUUUCAUUUCUUCAGAAAAGCAUGUUGUUAUAGUAUACUGUCACUUAUAAAUUUAGCGAAUGUGUAGCUCUACAAUGUUCAAUUUCAUUUUGUGUUUGCUGUACUACAUUUGUCAGAGUUCUC